CGCGUGAUCGGAAGCCCCUGUAUUCCAUGGUCGCCGUGACAGUCGCGGACCAGACUACCGCCUGUGCCGACAAGAAGAAGGGGCCCGCAGCCGCCUCUCCGAGCAACGGAAAGAAGGGAAUGCCUCGCUAUGGUCCGGACAGCGUGCACAGUUGGAUGACGGCAGGAGCAUGUGCUCUUGCAACGUUUUUCGGCGUCGGUGGAAGAAGGUCAAGCGGCUUCUUGUACGUGGCCAUAUUGGAUACGUUCAACGCCACCAGGUCACAAGCUGCAUGGCCCAUCGUAUUACUUGGCGGAGUCUUACUACUCACAGGUCUCGUUGCUGGGCCACUAGCGCACCGGUACACUGCACGGCCGGUGGCCAUAGUCGGCGGUACUAUCGGAGCCCUCGGCCUCAUCGCAUCCUAUUUCGCAACCAACAUUGAAUACCUCGUUUUCAGCUUAGGCGUUGUCCAUGCUAUCGGGAGUGGCAUGCUCUUCGUCGCUAUUCCGACAGUCAUCAACGAACACUUCGUUCGGUACAAGGGCUUUGCCAUGGGCAUCAAUUUCGCCGGCGCCACCAUGGGCACGUUUGUCUUUCCAAAGUUCCUUCAAAUGGCGACCAACCAGUACGGAUUCAAAAGUGCCCUUCUGCUUUUCGGCGCUCUUUGCCUCAAUGCCGUUGCCUUCAGCCUGUUCCUGCGUCAACCUUCCUGGCUGAAGAAAAAGCUGAAGGAACAGAAGGAAGAGCAAGUUCAGGUGGAGAAGUUGCGUGGCGUAAAGGAUACUUCGGGGCACACCGUCAAUGGCGGCCGCAUCGCUGUUCCGAACGGGUUAGCAGAGGACAAGACGAGCAGAAAUAAGAUUGAAUUAGUGCCAGGAUCAUUUCGCCAUGGGCUCACUGUGUUCUCGUGCCCCAUGUUUUACGUGGUGAUGUACUCUUACAUUUCAUUCAGCUUCGCGUUCGAGUGCUACAUCUCGCUGCUGGUGGACUUCGCCAUUGACCGCGGCGUCAGUGUGUCUAACGCGGUGACCGUGCUCUCCACCAGUUCUGUGGUGUGUCUGGUCGGUCGGCUAAUACUUCCUGUGCUGGCCGACAAAGGAUACUUCACUCGACAAGCCCUGAUGACCGUCUGCUUAGCGUGCAUAGGAUGCCUCUACAUCAUGCUUCCCUUAGUCGAGAGCUACGCGAUGGUGUUCGUCAUGGCAGUUUCGAUUGGCUUCUGCGUCGGCAUCCCUGUAGUGCUUUUCUCUGUGCUGUGUGCAGAGUAUGUGGGCAUCGAGCGAGUGUCUAUGGCCUUCGGCAUGGUGUCCGCUUCGGCAGGGAUGACGUCGCUAGUGAGGCCACCCAUCAUAGGUUACUUCCGGGACAUGGUUGGAUCCUACGACAACCUGUUUCACCUGUGCGGUUCUGCAGUGACCCUGGCCGCCAUCAUCUGGAUCUUCGUUCACAUCAGGCUCUGCGCCACUUCCAAGCAUACGUCGACGUUGGGAAAUGGCACAUUGUAUGACUCCGAGGACGCCAGUGUAAAAAAGAACCAACCUUAAAUCAGCCAAUCUCCAAGUGAACGUGAAGUAUGUGCGCGCUGCGAAGCGUUGCCCGCUGUAACACUGUAGCUUAGCUCUUCUUCUGGCUGUCAGGCACUGAAGGUCUGCAUCACAGAUUACUUGCAUCUCCCACCAUUGGUGCUGGCCCGCUAUCAGUGGUUUUUGAUGAAUCGGAGACCUUGAAAAGUUGGUGGGUGUUGCAGCG